CCGAGGCGGAAUGGGUGAACUGGGCGAUGAGUCGCAGCAAGCGCGCCCGAGGCAUAACUUGCGCAGCCUCCGCACCAUUGACCAACGCUUCUUCCUUCGUAUGUGCGUUGCGAUGCCCGAAGUCAUGCAAGAUGGCUUCGCGAAACAGUAGCGACGACUACAGAAUCAACCUCGAUGAUUUGGAUUGGUCCCCGGCUGCUCGUGAGCGAGAGCCUUCGACAGUUACCAGCUUGGGCGAUACCUUGCGUGUGCCCACCAUAUCUACCAGUCCACAGCCGAACUCUCUGCGGUCGAGCUCUCUUGGGCCUGUCGAGAGCCCUUUGGGAGCUCCAGAUGAAGCGGACGAGGGGGGUACGACUGGGCCGAUUGUCAUUGCCAUCCACGAGAAGGACCGCACCGUGAAGCGACGACUUCGCGGAAUCCAUGUCUUCAUGAUCACGAUAAGCGGGGUCCUCGGAGCUGGAUUGUACAUACGCAGCGGAACCGUUCUGCGAAUUGGAGGUCCUGGAGCGGUUCUGAUUGCAUUCACGGUGAUGGGCCUGCUGGCCUGGAUGGUGAUGCAAUGCAUUGGCGAGUUUCUCGCCCUGUGGCCGAUUUCCGGUGCGCUUGUCGAAUUCGUUGCCAAGUUCGUCGACGAGGAUCUGGGAACAGCCGUGGGAAUAGCAUACUGGUUUACGUACUCGAUUAGCUUCGCAGCCCUAAUCGUUGCGGCGGCUGGCGUGCUGGAUUACUGGAACCCGGGCAAGGUGAUCCAAGGAAUAGUCAUGUUCUUCAUUGUGCCACUCUUCCUGGUCCUACUGAAUAGUUUCGGCGUUCAGAUCUAUGGUUUGACGGAGGUGAUCGGAGGCUCUAUAAAGAUUCUGGGCGUUGUUAUCGUAAUCGCUUGUAUGAUUGCGAUCAAUCUCGGAGCUGGAGAGAGGGAGCAUAUUGGUACCAAAUAUUACAAGCACGGUCCCAUGUUCCCGUUCGAUAAAACUGCUGUUGACAACUGGGGUUCGGCUAUAUUCUAUGCAUUUUCCAUUGCUGCUUUCGCGUACGUCGGCGUCGACAUUACUGCUGCCACCGCGCUCGAAGCACGGCCUGACCGAAGGCGCAAAACAUCGACAGACCCGAGAGACAGGAGCCCGUGGCCAUAUAUUUCUGUGCGCUUUGUCGCAACUUGGACCAGCUUCCUUGUCUGGAUUAUCUACUUUAUUGCAGGCAUUCUGCUGAGUUUGAAUAUUGAGUGGAACGAUGCCAACCUUCCUCGACUGUCAUGGCUGGGAUCACCAGUUAUCGAAGAGCAUCCAGAUAACGAAAACUACAACACCGACUCGGGUUUCGUUAUCAGUGCCGCCAUGUCGAAUAUACCGGGUCUCGCAAAUCUGAUUACGGCGGUCAUUUUCGUCACCGCUGUGUUCUCUGCAAACACCAAUCUCUAUGUUGCCUCGCGAACGCUAUUCAGUCUUACUAGGCGACUGCAAGGGCCUCAAUGGCGCUUCAUCGCUUUCUUUGGGAAGACAAAUAACUAUCAGGUUCCGGCUCGAGCCAUGCUGCUAUCGUGCUUUUUCAUGUGGGUGCCAUUUUUGUAUCUGUCCCCACACAACUCUUCGGAUACGACAAUAUCAAGUCUUCUCGAAGUUCUCUCCCAAAUGGGUUCUGUGUGUUGCAUCAUCGUCUGGGCCUGUGAGUGCUGGGCGUUCAUCCGCUUCUAUAACUGUAUGUCCCUCCACCGACAUGAACUCAACGCUGCGCCCCAAUUCGCCCAUCUCCGUCGAUUUCGCAAUCCCGACACGGAAGACCUCUACCCUUGGCGCUCUCACGGACAGCCCAUGACGAUGUACCUUGCGCUAUUCGGAUGUCUGUUUGUACUUGCUGUUGCGGAUGGCUCUGCACUGUGGCAUAACUGGGCAGGCCCGAGAUUCCUGUCUGCCUAUUUAUCCAUACUAUGCUUCAUCCCACUGUGGCUGGGUAUAAAACUUUACAACAACUGGGGGAAUGUGCAAUGGAAGCUGGAAGACCUAUCGAACUUUAUAUCUGUCGAGAAGAAAUUGCGCGAGCUGGACGAGAUUCACGACCUUGCUACAGCCAGAGACAGGGACAUCCUGGAGAAGGGAUGGAGAAAUCUAUGGGGUUUUAUGUAACCCGGCUUACCUACUAUAUAUACAUAAUACAAAAGUUUAAAGUCGUCUGAACAAAAAUAUAUACAAGUUAAAUAUCAACCCAACUAACC